GAGGCGGCGCGGCACGCCGACGAGCUGCUGGCGGAGGUCGAGGCGGAGAAGCGCGCCAAGGGCAAGAAGGGCAAGAAGAAGAAGAAGGGCGGAGGGGCGGGCGGGGCUGGGCCGUCGCAGGAGACGAUGGCGGCGGCGGAGGGUGAUGAGGCGCCGUUGGAGGCAGCCGAGGCUGCGAAGAAGGCCGAGGAGGAGAGGAUGAUCAGGCUUCUCGAGAAGUGUCACGAGGAGAGGAUCCGGUUCGGCAUCACGGCGGAGAGCCAGGCAGCGGCGUCGGCAGAGGUGGCCGAGGCGGUGCGCUUGGACGCUGCGGCGGACGAGGCGGAAGAGGAGGCGGAGGCGGACAAGGCGGAGGAGGUCGAGGCGGAGAAGAAGCGCGCCAAGGGCAAGAAGGGCAAGAAGAAGAAGAAGGGCGGAGGGGCGGGCGCGGCUGGGCCGUCGCAGGAGACGGAGGAGGGCGCCGAGGCGCCGUUGGAGGCAGCCGAGGCUGCGAAGAAGGCCGAGGAGGAGAGGAUGAUCAGGCUUCUCGAGAAGUGUCACGAGGAGAGGAUCCGGUUCGGCAUCACGGCGGAGAGCCAGGCAGCGGCGUCGGCAGAGGUGGCCGAGGCGGUGCGCUUGGACGCUGCGGCGGACGAGGCGGAAGAGGAGGCGGAGGCGGACAAGGCGGAGGAGGUGGCUGCCGUGGCGGCGCUGGCGGCUGCCGAGGUGGCGAGGGCGGAGGCCAGGGCGGCACAGGCGGACGCCAGGGCAGCGUUGGAGGAGGCCGAGGCGGCGUUGGAGGAGGCCAAGGCGGCGUCGCACAGGGUCGAUUUGGCGUUCGAAGGGAGCGAGACAGCGCUCGAGGAGGCGGCGGCCGCUGCGGAGGCAAGGGGUGCCGCUGCGGCCGCUUCGAUCGCCAGGGCGGUUGCAGCCAGGAUGGCGGCGGAUGCGGCCCAGGAGCGCUCGUAG